ACUUGCUGGCUGUAACCUAACAGAGAAGUCCUAUGAGAUUGUGGCCUCAGCUCUGCAGUCUGCAAACUCCCCCUUAAGAGAGCUGGACCUGAGUCAGAAUGACCUGCAGGAGUCAGGAGAAAAACUGACCUCUGCUCUACAGAGUCCAAACUGCAAACUGAAGACACUGAGACUUGCUGGUUGUAAACUGACAGAGGAAUCCUGUGAGGCUGUAGCCUCUGCUGUGCAGCACAUGGUCUCCCUGACAGAACUGGACCUGAGUGACAAUCACAUGAACAUCGCUGGAAUUCAUCUUUCGAGUGCACUGAAAGGUGGCAUCAGCUGUAAGCUGCAGACAUUGAGACAUGCUCGUGGAGAACUGAGAAAAUAUGCAUGUGAGCUCACACUGGACCCAAACACAGCAUGCAGAUUUCUCUCUCUCUCUGAGGGAAACAAAAAGGUGACACGUGUGAGUAAGGAGCAGCCGUAUCCUGACCACCCAGAGAGAUUUGACUCCCCUUGGCCUCAGGUGCUGUGUAGAGAGGGUCAGUCUGGACGCUGCUACUGGGAGGCUGAGUGGAGUGAUGGUGUGGUUAAUAUAGCAGUGGCCUAUAAAAGCGUGCAGAGGAAAGAGAAGAAAGACGAAUGGGGGUUUGGACUUAAUGAAAAGGAAGGCAGCGGGUUUGGACGUAAUGCCAAGUCCUGGAGACUGUUGUGCUCUAGUAACAGUUACUAUGCCCUGCACAAUGAUAAGGAGACUGCCAUACCUGCCCCCUCCUCCAGCAGAGUAGGAGUGUACCUGGACUGGCCAGCAGGCACUCUGUCCUUCUACAGCGUCUCCUCUAACACACUCACCCACCUGCACACGUUCCACUCCACAUUCACCAAGCCCCUCUAUCCUGGUUUUGGGGUUGGGUAUGACUCCUCAGUGGUCCUGCGCCAGAUCACAUGACCUUCUAAUCCUGGAGGAGAAGAGUGCCACACACUCCUGUUUUCACACUUUUGUGUGUGUGUGUGUGUGUGUGUGUUCUUCCUCCUGCUUGCUCUCUGUUGCAUUGUUCCCCCUGUGUUUGCAGCUCCCUCUGUUUCUCUUUCUUUUAUCUUUCCAUUAUUGUGUGUGUGUGUGUGUGUGAUAUUCUCUCUCUCUCUCUCUCUGUCUUUGUGUGUGUGAGUGUGUAUGUUAGUCUAUAUGUAUGAUUCUCUCUCUCUCUCUGUAUGUUUGUGUGUGUGUGUGUGUGUGUAUGAUUUUCUCUGUGUGUUCUCUUGCCUUCUCUUUGUUGCAUUUUCAUCUUUGCUAGGAUUCUCUUUCUGUGUGUGUGUGUGUGUGUGUGUGUGUGUUUUAGUGUGUGGAUGUGUGGGUUCCCGUGUGUGUGUGUGUGUGUUUAGAAUGUGUUUGUUUGUGUGUGUGUGUGUGUGUGUUU